AUGGAUAUGAUUGAGGACACUUAUGAUGCCGAAAACGGGAAUCCAUUUCGUGAAAACACUGUAAAAGGUCAACGUGCCAAUUACUGCAAAGAGAAGGGGAGCAGAUUUGCACUCAUUCAGAAGGUUAAAAAGUACCUGAUAUUGUUGAGCAAUGUUUUCAAUGAUGCAUUUGAUAUUGCGAUAUGGCUGAGACUACUCAAAAAUAAAGGAAAUGUUUCUGAUUCUAACGAUGGUUGGCUGAUUGAUUGGCGAGUUGUAGCGGAUGAAAAGAAUGCGAUAAAUUUGGGAGGGAACUUUGAGAAAAGUGAAACGCGAUUCCGAUUGCGGGUGGAGGAUGGAUGGAAGAAAGAAGUCGCCAAAUCAUCAAUUAACGAUCGUAAUGAUGAUGACAGCAUCGAUGGCGAAUUUAAACACGCCAUUCGAGCUCUUCGGUUAAGCGGUCGAACGGAUAGAAUAGUGAACAAUGAACUGAUUUGGCAAACGGGGAACAACAGAGGAACUAAUUGA